AUCAGGAUUUCCGUCGAGGCUGUGACAUGGAAGUCUUUGGUGAUGUAUAGGUAUACAUACAUACAUACAUACACAGUAACCUAGGUUAGGUAUGUAUGUACAUAGCAUGAAAAAGAAGGUCGUAUUUUAAUUGUACUAUGUAAUUUAGCUGCAAACCCCUGGCUCGGCUUGGAUCCGGCCCACCAACCAUGGCAGCCAGAGCCAUGCUAGUCUUAGAUUGGAUCGCUUUGAAUGGUCAUGCAUUGUAACGCGCGAGGCCGACACGAAAAAUUGGACAGCUCAAUGACGAGAAAAUGGAGGCGGCUUAGCGCUUCGUGCUGAUGGACGAGGCCCUACCAUAUGUAUGUACAAUACAUACAUACCAGCCCUGGUCCAAUCCAUGACUGCUAGCAGGCUUCCCCAGGGGCGCGCUAUGGAGAGAGACCAAGUCUUUGAUUCAUUUCCCUAUUAAAUAGUCGAUCAUCCACUGUCUCCUUUGUUUUGGUUCUCGUUCUUGUCUUGCCCCGUCUGCUCGUCCCAUCUUGUGUCUUAUAUAAGACUUCGUCACUCGCUCGUCCACAAGAGAUCCAACUUAGCUCAACGGCUUCGUCUACAUUCGCUCUGCUCUCUUCUCCGCACAAAUAAUCACCUAAUAAUACCCAAUUGUUUUACACGCGAGUUGUACAAAUAUCCCUUCAAGAUGCGUUUCACCGUAGUAGCCGCCGGCCUCCUCGCCGCUGUCGCGAGUGCCCAGUCCGAAACCAACAGCAUCACUGAGGUUAUCUCGGCUGCCGAGUCCUCUGCCACUGCUGCUGUUUCCGACGCCACGUCCGCCAUCCUCUCGGCCGCCUCCUCCAUCCUCUCCUCAGCCGAGUCCGCCAUCGAGUCGGCUACCAGUGACGCCACUGGCUCAACUGGCUCAACUGGCUCAGUUCCCUCCGCCACCGUCAGCAUCGACCCUGCCCAGAGCUCCGCGCAGUCCGCCCUCCUCGACUGUCUCAAGGCCUGCUCUGACGACGACGUCAACUGCAAGGCUAAGUGCAUUUCUGUGCCCAGCCCCGACACCAUAGCCGUCAACCAGACCACCGAGUGUGUAGCCCAGUGCCCCCAGGGCAAAGGCACUGCUGCCGACAACCAGGCCUAUGCCGACUGCGUAAGCGGCUGCAUUGCCAAGUACUACUACUCUUCGAGUAGCCUCCCCGGCGCCACCACUGGCAGUGGCAGCAGCGGUACCACCAGCGCCACCCCCAAGGUCACUCAGGUUGAGUCCACCGUCACCUCCGCGGGCUCGACCUAUGUCACAUCAUUCUCCACCACCGUCGCGCCAGCCUCAACUGACGCUGCCGACUCGUCUGACUCGCCCGCUUCGUCCUCGACCUCCGCCGGCGGCGCUGACAUGCUAUUCACCCCCAUCGGCUCCGGCAUCGGGCUUUUCUCCUUCCUAGCCGCUUUCCUCGCCCUAUAAGCGUGUGAAUUUACCUGUACCUAUAAAGCUGAGAUUUAAGAAUAAAACGCUACGGAUAAUAAUGGGAUGGCCCGAGUAUAUAAUGCUGCCAACGUUGGAUGAGAAUCUGAAUACCAAGGCGAAAGGAGUAGAUGCGUCAACGGAAAAUCUUUAAUAUUGGAUUUGGCACGUCGAUACUAAUUGCAGAUGUAGUCACGUUAUGUAGAACGCGAAUAUGAACCUGAAGUUGACGACCAUUCAUCAUU